CCAAAGCAAAACAAAAGGCUCAUGGGAGUUAUCUACAUUAACAGACCUUCCUUUGUAGACCCUUAUCAAUUCUGCAUUUGUGUAAAACCAUUAUCAAACAUCCCUAAAUAACUGACGAUGAUUGAACGAUAAGAAAAAUGUUAGAAUGUGUACUUAACAGCUAUUUCCUGCCAGUUUUCAGGUUUUAUGGGUCAGUGCAAAGCUAAUGCUAGAUGCCUCAAAUAUUUAAUUUAUACAGUAAAAUGUAAAAUAAAUGAGACAUUUUGUUACAGUGUGAAAGCUAAAGCACUUUUAGAAUUUGAAUCACUUUCUGUUGCACUGCGGCUCAGAAAGCACAAGCCACAAAGUCAUUUUUAACGUAUGCUGGCGGGGUUAAGACCACAGAAAUAUAAAAAAAGUCCUUCACAGUGAGCGGCCGUGUCCAUGCAGCGAACAUCAUUUCUUAGAGAUUUGAGUCAAUCGGCAGCGUGGAUACAACACAGAAGACGAGCGGGUGACGGAAACAAUAAUGUCUGAACAAAGCAUCGCCACUGAGAUGAGCACCACACCUCCGUUUUCCAACAGUUCCACCAUCAUGGACACCUCCUUUAUCUUUGAAUUAGAGGAAAUCGCAGCCAAUGACAUAACCUCCACGGCGAACUAUGUCUACAGUUUCUUAGCAGUGCUGGGCUUCCUCACCGGCUGCUUCCUGCUCUACAGCUUCAUCCAGACCUACAGAGACCAGAGGCGGCUGACCGAGCUCGACUGCCUGCUCUGGGCCUUUUGUGGCCUCCAGCUGCUGCUGGUGCUCCUCUCUAUCCACGCUGUGGCCUACAGACCUGGCUACCUGAUUACCACACAUCUGGGCUGUGCUGCCCUCUCCUUCACCAUCAACGCAGUCUCUCUGUGCGGCCUGCUGGUCUUAGUGCUCAUGGCUUACGUCCUAACUUUGGAUCCGCCGUCCCACGCCAUGCUGUGGAAGCCUUGGGUGUGUGCGGCUCUGGUGGUCCUGACUUCUAUCCUGAUUUCUCUGCUGCUGGCUGGGCUUCGUGGACCCACAGAUGGUCUGCAGGAAGAAGGCAAGUGUUUUAUGGAUCCAGUCCGUGCUGGUGUGUUGUACGCAGCUGCUAGAUUGUUCCUGGUGUUUCUGUUUCCCUACACCCUCCAACUGGAACUCCUGAUAGGUGACUGCGUCCGGCAGUGGAAAUCUAAAGGACGUUUCCUCUCCGGCUCCGAGGAGGGUCUCGUGUUCCUGGCGGUUACCGUGGUCGUGUUUUUCUGCCAGCUCUUCUACAGCGUGGUGCUGUUGAGAGGAGCACAUCUACAAAAGCUAGAGCAGAACGGGCUGAGCCAUCACGAGCAAGAGUUUCUGAGCGUGGCUGAGUUUGUGCUGUUCUCAGGAAGCAGCAUCAGCCUCCUGCUGGUGCUGGUCAUUAAGUUUGUGUAUAAUUUCCACAAAUUGUUUAGGCAGAUGAGGGACUGCUGUCGAAGCCUGGGGCGCACGCAGCCCAACAGAAACAUCGAGAUCCCAGACACCCUGCAGGACAUAGAGUCAUAGAGGACAAAGACUAUCAUAAUUGAGAACAGAACUCUUCUGAUGCAUCCAAAUAAAGACUUAAGAGAUCUGAUGUUUUAGAUAUAUUCUCAAUCUAACUUUUACAUGUUUUACGUGUUUCUUUUUCUGUUAAGUGACAAUUUAAAUGUUUUCUAUGCAUGUAUGCUCCUGUUUAGUGGCUCCAGUGUACAAAAGUUUGCAAAACAAUUUUUGAAAUUUAAUUUUUUUUAAAUAAAUGUUUGUUGUUCUUUUUUAUAAAAAAUAAAUCUUUCACAUUUGUGUACUUAACAGUCAUUUCCUGCCAAUGUUCAGGUUUUCUGGAUCACUGCAGGACUAAUGCUCGAUGCCUCAAAUAUUUAAUUUCUAGAGUAAAAUGUCAAAUAAAUGUGACAUUUUGUUGUGCUACAUGAAGACGUGGGUGAUAAAGCACCUUUUUUUGAGUUUGAAUCACUUCCUGUUGUGCUGCAGCAAAGAGGGACGUUUCCUGUA